AUGUGGGCUAUCGACAGUGGUGCAACGCACCACAUCUGCCACAAGUUUGCAAGUUUGGCAGAGCGCAAAGGGGUCAAACUAUUGGUGGCUGAUGGCAACAAGGUGUCCGUAAAGGAUGUGGGAACUAUCAUGGAAAAAGUGGUUAUGCUCAACGGUGAAGAGGGCGAGACCGAGAUCAAGAACGCGUUACAUGUUUCAAGUAUGAGCAAGAACCUGCUUUCGGUGCCGCAGAUCAACGGGCAUGGCAAGUUCCAAGUUGUGUUUGACGGUUCCAAGUUGUAUGUAACUAUCAAGAACUCGCAGCAAGUGGUGGCGACAGCGGAUCUCGUGGAUAGACUAUACUGGCUUCGUACGACUCAGCGAUCAGCAAAUGUGACAACAAGUGGAUACAGUUGUGCUGAUCUACAUGCGCGAAUGGGUCACGCUCCAGUCGACGUACUUCGCAAGAUGAUCACGACCAUAAUGAUCAAGGAUAUGCGAGUCCCUCUCAAGUCGAGUGGAGCAACUGCAUGUCGAGGGUGUCAACAAGGGAAAAUGGUCCAAAAACCAUUCCCAAGCAAACGCGACAAGCGUAAUUACGACAUGGUACAAGCUGCUUCAUCUGGCCGUCUGUGGGCCCAUGGAAAACAAAUCGCUCGGUGGCAGCAGACAUCUGCUACUAAUCGUAGAUGA